CAGGUUGGAAGAUUAUCUCACCCAGCCCUAACUAUAUAAGCAGCUGGCGUGGAGGGGCUCCGCAGGGCCAGCUCCAGGGGUUCAUCCACGAGAGAGAAAACCGCGCAGACUCACGGCUGCCGAGAUGAUGGUGCUGAGAGUGGAGGAGCUGGUAACAGGGAAGAAGAAUAGCAAUGGAGCCACAGGAGAAUUCCUUCCUGGGGAUUUCAGAGAUGGAGAAUAUGAAACUGCCGUUGCCUUGGAGAAACAGGAGGAUCUGAAGACGCUUCCAGUCCACCGUGUGAGCCUGGAGGAGCAACAACAGAGAAGUGAGAAGCAGCGAGAGACGGAGCUCAAAAAGAAAAAAUUAGAACAAAGAUCAAAGCUUGAAAACCUAGAGGACCUUGAAAUAAUCGUCCAACUGAAGAAAAGAAAAAAGUACAAGAAAACUAAAGUUCCAGUUGUGAAGGAACCGGAACCUGAAGUUAUUACUGAACCCGUGGAUGUGCCGAGGUUUCUGAAAGCUGCUCUGGAGAACAAACUGCCAGUUGUAGAGAAAUUCCUGUCAGACAAGAACAGCCCUGACGUCUGUGAUGAGUAUAAACGGACCGCUCUCCAUAGAGCAUGCUUAGAAGGACACUUGGCAGUUGUGGAGAAGUUAAUGGAGGCUGGAGCCCAGAUUGAAUUCCGUGAUAUGCUUGAAUCCACAGCCAUCCACUGGGCAUGCCGUGGAGGAAACCCGGAUGUCCUGAAACUGUUGUUGAACAAAGGCGCCAAAAUCAGUGCCCGAGACAAGCUGCUCAGCACAGCGCUGCACGUGGCGGUGAGGACUGGUCACUACGAGUGCGCAGAGCACCUCAUCGCUUGCGAGGCAGAUCUCAAUGCCAAGGACCGAGAAGGAGAUACCCCGCUGCACGAUGCUGUGAGACUGAACCGCUAUAAGAUGAUUCGGCUCUUGAUGACGUUCGGGGCAGACCUCAACGUCAAGAACUGUGCUGGGAAGACCCCCAUGGAUCUGGUACUGCACUGGCAGAAUGGAACCAAAGCAAUAUUCGACAGCCUGAAGGAGAAUGGCUACAAAACCUCUCGCAUAGCUACAUUCUAAGGAAGGAGACUCUCAACAGGAGCUGUUGACAGGCAUUUUCGAAGCAUUGCCUACCGGAAGAGCAACCACCAGUUAUAAAAUCCAGCUUUUGUUUGCCAGAGGGUAGAGAGAUAGACUUUAAAGACGCUUCAAGAAAGCACUGGGUUAUAGGUGCCAAAAUUUCCUUUAGUGAUGCUCACCAUAUUUAUUUAUUUCUAUUUAUUUAUUUAUUUCCGAACACUGGUAUUCAGGCUUUCACGAGCAUUUUGGGGGGAGUAAAACUUAACCUGUAUGCGGUAUUCAGAGUCUUCCCAUAGAUCUUAAACCCUGUGGGUGAAUGAUGUCUAAUUGCAUACAUUUGUCCUCAGUUGCAUAGAGCUAUUCAAGGCAUUUUUAAGUGGCAAAGGGGGAUUAUUGCAGCCAGCGCUCUUCGGAACUCUUGCCGCUGGCAUUUGAACGAACCGACAGAAGGCAUGUGGCGUCGGGAAGGGAAUGGAAGCAGUUCUGCAGGACAGACACGGAGCCCGCCUUCACCCAUAGACUUGGUUUGAUCGGUUGUUUACCAGGUCACACAAGGUCCCCAGGUAAAGAGACCGUCCUGAGUGUAGGUGCAGGGAGGUGGAGGGAGUGGGCAGGGAGGCCGUGAUAAACCGAGUCCGAUGAAAUAAAAGGCAACAGGAAAGACACUGUAAAUGUGUAAAUGUGUAUUGUGUUGUAUGUCUAUUUUAUAUUCAUAAUAAAUGCGAACAAAUUCUGAA